AUGUCUGAAGCACAGCCGAUACCUCAAGAUCCUCUCAUGCUCAGCGGGCCAAUCCGAGAGGUUGCACACAUUGUGCCACUCGAUUCUGGGGCGCCUGAUAGCGAAACAACACGGUCUCCUCACCAG